UAUUUCAAAAUUUUGGGACUCGUACGCUGUUAUUCGCCAUUAUUUAUUCAUCAAGAAUGUCAAUGAUGGAAUAACCAUUUCACGCCGUCUGUCUGCUUUGCUGUCCCUUCUUUGGAUUUCUUCUAACUUCUGACAAACCAAAGUAGCAUACGAUAAAUCGUAUAACCGAAACUGGAACUAUCUCAAAAAUAGCCGUAAUUAAAAGACAAUAUAUAUAUUUAUAUAUAUAUACAUACAUAAACACAGAAUAUAAGUAUAUCCGUACCUAUAUCGAGCUAUAAAAGACAAAAAUGUUGAUACCAAAGAAAUACUGGAUUUCUCUGUUAUUGUGUUUCUGUUUGGUGGUGCUGGCCUUAUGUGAAAGAUCACCAAAAGCAAGAAAGAAAGCACCCAGAAAACCCCAGUGGAAAAAGCGAUCCCCACCAAAGAAAGGAGAGUCGCUCGUGACAGUGGCGGUAAAGAAGAACUUGAAACUGGAUUGUUCGGCUAACGGCAUACCAAAACCAAACAUCACUUGGGCAAGAGAUGGAGACGAUAUCAAACGUAUACCAAAUUUGAAGGUAAAGUUUCAGAAAUACACGUUAACAGUGCAAAACGUAAGAAUGAAAGACUCGGGCAACUACACGUGCCGUGUGUCCAAUAACCUCGGCACAUUAUCCUUCACAUUCAAUGUCAUUGUUGCAGUUCAGAUGAAAUUUGAUAUAAUCCCUCCCAGUAACUUAACCGUCAGUGUUGGCAAGUCAGCAACGUUUAUCUGUCGCGUUAAACCACACAAUUCAGGGAAAAUACAGUGGUUAUUCCAAGGUUCGACAAAGGACGGUCGAAAGUUCCUGCCGACGUCUGCCAAUCCCGAGGUUCUUCAUAUCCAGAAUGUCACCUACGACGAUGCUGGCAAAUACAUGUGUCUGGUAGGCGGCGACCGAAACAUACAAGAUGCCAGCGCUUGGCUCACUGUAGUGAAGAAAGAUGAAUUUGACCGGGUCACUAUGCCGUCGUUAAUUGUGAGCACAUGGAAGUCACCAAACUCACGUAAUUAUGCGUCAGAGAUGGGCAAGAAACCGCAUGCCAAUGAGACGAACCAGCAGAGAGAAGAGUAUCCUGCUCUCGUUAGCAUCUGGACCAUCUACAUCAUUGUUGGAUCCGUUUCUGGCGGCGUCCUCUUCAUCGGUCUCAUCACCAUCAUUGUGGCAGUCUGCUGUCAGAAGGAGAAUACGGGAACAUACAAAUCGACAAACGUUUAGCUUAGUCCAUGCUUGGGUCGGGUGGGGUGUUAGGGAAGCCCUAAUCUAGACUCGGUUGGUAUAGUCUAGCCUCAUCUGGUUCAGUCUGGUUUAAUCUUGAUUAACAUGGUCCGUAUAAAUUGAGACUAGACUAUACUAAUAUCUUCUAGUUUGGUCCAGUUUGUACUGGUCUGGUCUAGUCUGGGUUGAGCUGGACAGGGCUGGGCUGGGCCAGUCAAAUUUAGUCUUUGUGGGGGGAGGUCUGGGGGGGUUUCAUCUAGUCUAGUCUGGGUUGUUCCUGACUGGUCUAGUCUGGUUUGAUCUAGUUUGGACUAAUCUGCACUUGUCUGCUCUGGUAUAUACAAAUCUAAAGUGAUCCGGUUUUGUCUGGUUUGAUCUGGCCUAGUCUAGUUUGAGUUUAAUAUGGGAUGGGUAGGUUUCAACACAAGUCUGGGCUAAUCUGGCAGGAUUUAGACCUGGUUUCAAGUAGUUUUGGGCUAGAUAGAUCAAAUCUUGUCUCAUCUAGUCUCAAUUGGUCUGGUCUAGCCUAAUCUAGUCUCAAUUGGUCUGGUCUAGCCUAAUCUAGUCUCAAUUGGUCUGGUCUAGCUGGACUGAUUUGGUUUAGUGUAGUCUGGAUUAAUCAGAUUGUGUCUGAUAAAAUUUAGACUAAUCUAUGAUCUAAAUUGGAUUGCUUUUAAUUUUCAGGACAUAGUCUGAUCUGCAUAGGGUCUGGAUUUAUCUAAUCUUACCUGGUUUUGAUUGAUCUGAUCUAGUCUAUUCCAGAUUAGUUUAUUUUACACUAAUCUGACACAGACUCAUCUAGCUUGGUCUCAUCUUAUUUGGAUAUAUCUCAUCUGGUCUAGACUUCUCGUGUCUGGCCUAGACUAAGCCUAACUCCUCCAGUCUGGUUUAACCCAGUUAAUCUUGUCUUAUUGUCUUGUUUGACUGUUGAUUUUAUAUCUCAUUUUCUGUUUACCAUUUUUACCUCCUACAGCCAAAACACAGGUUAAAUUCUUGUGAUGCUGGUAUAGGAGAGAAGAUGUAGAAGAUAUUGGGGUUGAUAGUGGCGGGGGUUGGGGAUAUGAGAUGUUUUCAGGGCCAGAUCAGUGUUGCAGAUGAAUGGUUUUCUAAAGGGACAGAUUUUAAGGAUCAUUAUCGUUAUCAUUAUUAUUAUUAUUAUUUUAUUAUUAUUAUUAUUAUUAUUAUUAUUAUCAUCAUUAUUA